AUGCUGCUCACGACGGUGCUCUCUUGUUUGGUGGCUUUCCCUGUCGCCGUGUUUGGCAAACCAUGGUUCAACAAUCACAACGCAGGAGUCAGGAGCACCUCUGGUCUGUCGGAGAGGCUCAAACCCAAAGUCCUCAUCAUCAGCAUGUUUUCGCCUGAAGCGGAGGCUUGGUAUGGCAUCCCAGAAUUCGAUCUAUUAGCGCGUAACAUCACUGUCACCGGGUUUUCCCCACUCUUUCCCCAUGCGCACUGCACAGAAGAUGGAUCUGUCUGCCAAGUUGUCACUGGAGAAGCAGAAAUCAAUGCGGCGGCAACAAUCACCGCACUCACACUGUCGCCCCAUUUCGACCUACGAUCGACAUAUUUUCUCAUUGCAGGAACCGCAGGCGUAAAUCCCAAAGUUACCACGAUUGGCUCCGUCACCUUCGCACGGUACGCGGUUCAGGUAACGCUCCAGUAUGAGAUCGAUGCGCGCGAACUCCCACCUGGUUUCACGACCGGCUACUUUCCCCAAGGCUCAGACUCACCUAAUGAAUACCCACAAGAUAUAUACGGCACAGAGGUUUUUGAGGUCAAUGACAGACUACGCUCUCUCGCCGUCGGUUUCGCCAGGACUGCUACGUUGAAUGACUCCCGCGAUGCGGUCGCAUAUCGCGCAAAGUACGCUCACGACAAAAUCUAUGCCUCUGCGGCGAAGAAGCCGUCUAUCGUCGAGUGUGAUACAGCGACAUCAGACGUGUAUUGGACUGGAGCACUGCUCUCCGAAGCUUUCGAAAACACGAUGAGGCUGUUUACGAAUGGCACUGGAGUGUACUGCACGGCGCAACAGGAAGACAAUGCCACGCUCGAAGCUUUACUCCGCUCGUCGCUCCAUAAUUUGACCGAUUUCAGCCGCAUCAUCGUAAUGCGCACUGCAUCGGACUUCGACAGACCAUACAUAGGCGGCUCGGUGAUCGACAACUUGCUUGACGAAAAUCAGGGUUACGAGCCUGCUCUGCGGAACAUCUACCUGGCAGGAGUGAAGGUUGUCGAGGGUAUUUUGAAGGAAUGGACGAAGCGGUUCGAGGUGGGGACAAAGCCGUCAAAUUACAUCGGGGACAUUUUUGCCUCGCUUGGUGGCAUCCCCGACUUCGGAACCGGCAGCACAUUCGGGGGUGGUAUAGCGGUAGCGCGGAAGAGGGACGUCAAACGAAGAAGAGUAAGAAGAGGGUGA